GGAUUUUUUUUUGGGCGGAGCUAAAACGGUGGCUCGAUGACGCACUGGAGCCACUGAGCUCCUGGCCCCUCCCCAAACAACAUAACUAGAGCACACAUUCGCGUCAGUUCGCCGUUCAAUCGCGAGUUUCUGUGGACUACCAUCGUUUAAAAUGUUGGCAAGAGGCGAUGAGAUAUUUGGUGCGCUUCCAAACAGGUUCUAGCGUUGAAACGACGGACGAUGACAAGAAGAGAAAGAGAAAGAGAAUCUCAAAUUCCAAGUACAGACCCCAGGCCUCUUCUGAUGAAGAGGAGUCUAGUCUUCCAGAUGCACCAGCAGUGCUGUCGUUUGGACAACCUCUUUUGAGCUUUGAAAACAUUGUUCCAGGUAACAAGGUUUCAGUGCUGCCCGAUGCUCCAGAAGUUGCAUCGAUUCCAGAAAACCAGGAAAAUGUUGUGCCAUCUGUAGACUUCAGAGGUGAACCAGGUUUCUCCCCAGAAAUUCAGACUCCACUUCACAGAGCCAAGAGUUUGAGUACAAGACACUUGACUGGUUACUCGCCGCAGCAGUUUCUGGAUGAAAGGUGUCGAGCUCGUCAAGUACUAAGCUUUACACCCCCAGCAGCAAAUUUACCCUGGCAGCAUAUGGGUGAAAACGCUGGAGGAGAAAGUCAUCGCUCUGUAAUUGGCCCUUGGACUCCCCUGGCAUCUCGUGUACAGCAUGAAGUUUUCAGCUAUGAAGAUUUCCAGAGACUCCAGAAUGAAAAACAAGCCGUGAUGGAGGAGAACCAAGCCCUUAGGGAGGAGAACCAAGCCCUGAGGGAGGAGAACCAAGCUCUGAGGGAAAGCACUGCACGAGCAGCUUCGGAUGACAGCGGCUCACUUCAAGAGCAGGUGAAGCAAGUUGGGACAAUGUUGAAGACGUUUGCUCGCACUGGGCAAUCAGGUGCAGAUCAGACCUUAAUGCUGCGACGUCUUGGAGAGUUUGGCGAUGUUGUGCGUAGCAUGGACAACAAAAUGGACACUAUGCUGCAACAUUUCAGUGCCAAUGUGUCUGUUGGAGAGUUAUCCCUGCCAGGGGAUCUGUUGCUCCCCCUAGACACCCAGGAAGAUUUGGCGUUGCUUGACAACAGUUUGAGGCAGGAUAAAGAGCUCCAGGAACGAUUUCUUCGGUUUUUGGCAAUCAAAUGUGGGAGGGACCUAAAGACAACCGUCUGGCGGAUGCUUCAAAGUAUCUUCUCUAAUCACCUUUCCAUCAAUACAACCUGGACUGGAGUUGGGGAUAAAGCAUGUUUUAGAGACAUGUUCCUGAAGACCAUUGUUCAAAGAGCCAUCCGGAAGAACCCGGCAACACAGGAUGCCACUGAUGAAGCCAUCCAGGUUAACGUUACGCGUUACCUGAAAGGAGCAUCUGACCGUGAAGGCGGAAAAAGGCGCCGCACAGCUGAGAGGGACCCACAGCCGACCCCUUAAACCUAGGCUGACUACUGACAUCCCAGCAUCACUGACAACUGGAACCCUUUCUUUAUCCUGCAGUCAGUAACAUCAAGACCCCUAAAGAAGCCAGAAGUGUCAGACUGCACUCCCCAAUCCACACUGUUCACUGUGGAUAUUAUCAUAGUGCUUAACUUAUUAUAUUGUUAAAUAUAGCUUGUAAAUCCUUGUGCCACAGGUCAGCAUUGCAGUUAUAUCUGUUCUACUACUUUUUUACCUCAGUAUUUUUUAUAUAUAUUUGAAGAUGUUUAUCACAGAUACAAGAGACAUCUUGUACCCCAGGUCAGCAAUGCCAUUAUAAUGGUCUAUUCUACUCCAGAGCUUUAUUCUAAAUUAUUACCACUUAUCUUAUUGUUAGAAAUGGCUUGUAAAUGUGAUGUUAUACC